CGACGACGGGCUUCCCGGACGUCAGAGCGGUCGCCGCCACCGUCGCUGAAAUAUGUGCCAGUGCCGCUAUGUGAUUCUGUUGGUCAUCUUAUGGAUCGCCGGCUCGGAGGCCGAGAGCAUCCGGAACGAGAGCAUCUGCGGGCCCUACAACGGCCGCCGCCUCUACCUGGAGCUCGGGGAGAGCGGUAUUCUGCGCGCGGACAACGUCACCCUUACGAAGAAUGCCCGUGGCACCUCGAGGACCUACGCCGGAAACAGCAGCCACGAUCAAUGCAGCCUCGAGCUCGUCACGUGUCCCUCCUGUAUUAUCACCCUCACCUUCAAGAGCAUCAAUUUGCUACACCAUUGUGGCGACGGGGGCAUGACGAUCGACAGCCCCUGCAGAUGUGAUUACGUAUGGGUGUCGGAGCCUCCAUACGAAGAUGUGUCGGGGACGCCAUUCUGCGGCCAUUACACGCCAAUUACAUAUCGUUCCAACACCAGAACUUUAUCAAUAGUUCUACUUUACAGCCAAUCGCAUAGCCAUGCCUUUACAAUUGUAUACACAGCUGAAAGAAAUCGACUUUUAUUAAAGGGCUCGAGCAUUGCGAACGAAAUGUCAAAGGCCAUGAAUAUCACCAGCGGGGGAAUUCUGACGUCGCCGUUUUUCCCAUCGCGUUAUCCACGUGACUUGGGCAUGGAAUACAUUAUUAGUUGCCCGACCGAGGUCCCAUCGUGUCGCGUUCGAGUACUAUUUAGCGAUUUUCAACUCGCAGCUGUUUCCAUCAUAGAGUUCUAUGACUGGAAUGGGCAGCGCUUAGAUGUGAGCAGCGGCGCGCGCUUCCGGCCCCCGAUUAUCGUGUCGACGGGCACCUCACUCCUGAUAAGGUUCUACGCGAAUGGCGGCACGGGCCUGGGCUACAAGGCUUUCUACUCCUUCAUCGUCGGGCAAGAAUACGAGGCCCGCACCCACCCAACCACCGACUGCGGUGGCUAUGUUGAGAACCUCGGUGGCGCCAUCACCAUGAUGGAUAUGGUCGGCGAGGGCGUCAAGACCUACGACUGCGUAUGGCUCAUCAGACCUCCCAAAAACUUCAUACACAUGAAAACCCAUAUGUACCUCAAGGUCAUCACCUUUGCCGAAAUGGCCGGGACCACGGAAUUGAUAAUCAAGCAAGGCCCGACGUCAGCGCUAAUUCCACUCGAAAUUCUCCGACAUCCGGUAAGCCGAUUGCGUCCGCCAAAACUAAAGGAGCACAUCGCCCCGGUUGCCAGCGGAUUCCACGUCAGCCUACGCGGCAGUUUCGGGCCAAAUUCACGAUUGGCGAUCGCAUACGCGGCAUUCAGCUACAUGGAUUGCUUCACGGGCACGGAUUUCCUUUGUCAGAAUCACCGCUGCAUCUCGGCUCUAUUGAAUUGCGACGGCUUCGAUCAUUGCGGCGAUAAUAGCGACGAGCCGACCACGUGCUUGCGCGAUUGGGACAUGGGCGUGGAGGACCGUAAGUGGCAAUUGAACAAAGCCAACUACUAUUUCCCGAAGACAGAUCGAUAUCCGGAUUUGAAGACGGCCACCCUCGUAUUCGUUGCGAGCAGUCUCGGGCUGCUGCUCUUAAUAUCAGCCCUCAUAGUUUUGCUGUACAGAGUUGGUGCGAGGGCGAGGCAGCAGCGGGAAUUGCAAUCCCGAUUGCAGACCAUCAGCGAGCUUCUAGUUCUCAACCUUGCAGACGGAGGGCGAAUCGACGAGAUCUCAAUACCGGACGAGCCGCCUGUUUACGAAGCACCGCCGAAUUAUGAUGAAGUCAUUAAAAUCGGCAUGGAGGAGGAAACAACUGGGGAGAGAAAGAAGUGGAGAAUAUCGAGAGGCAAUCGGCAUAAUAGGAGCAUAUCAUCCGGCCAAUGCUCACAUGACUAUGAGUCGCAAAUAGCUCUUAAUAUUCACGUGGAUGGAUUAAAUGCAAAUCAUAGUAGUCAAACGAUGCCAACACUCUCCAAUUUUCUUAAAAAUCCAGUACCAGAAAGUCCACCGCCACCUUACAUCACACCGCCAAGUUCAACCGCUCGGCAAUUCGAUUACUCGUGCAAUUUUAAUCUUCCAGGGCCCAGUGAAUCCGCGAACAUCUCUAAUAAAGACGACAACGGCAUCAAAUUCACGGAACAAGAAAGCAACGACGGCGGUGACGUUGGUGACAGCGGCGACGGCAGUGGCUCCUCCUCGUCUCGUCGAUGCUGGCUGCGCAACAGCGGAUCCUUCUUCCACUCGUUGCCCACCGGGAGGACGGCUUCCGCGUCGCCCCCCGUCUCGCCCACCUCCGGAGCGCUCGGUGCGUAUGCCCCGGCCCAAGCGCUAGGACCUUCUAAUUUUCCUGUGCCGCAGCCGGGGAGAUCGAGCGUUGCCUCUGGGAACACGAGGUUCGGCUGCGCCAAUGCACCCGGCGAAAACGCCGAAGAGCUCGAGGACGCGCCAGGAUCUGAAUGUCCGUCCAUCCUCGUCUGCUCAUGCGAGGGAGCCUGUGGCUGUGCCUCCUCGAGCAAGAGCUUCGUCGUGGAGUCGCUCGUGGCUCGGGAUAGGAUCGUUGGGUUGCCGGGUCAAAAGGAAGAAACGAGGUCCUGCUGUCGACUCGACGUAAGCAGAAGACUAUCGGUGGACUCGCCGGAUAGUCCUGGUCUUAGUCACGGAAAUAGCCGUGAGGAGCUCGCCGACGAUUUCGACAUCGUCUCCGAGACGACGAGCAUCCUCGAUCCACGCACCUCGCCCAACAUCCCGUUAAACCUUACGGCCGAGUCCGCGAAAUCCGCUCCGUCGAGGAAGCACUGCGCGAGCUUCGAUCUCGGCGGCUUGUACGAUAGUAUUAAAGCACUGGACAUGUUCCUCGCGCAGCGUGGAAGCUCCUGCGCGAAUAAGCGAGGGUCAACGCCCAGAAAGAGUAUGGCCGUUAUGCUUUUCGGUACGCCGAAGCACAAGUUAUACAGCCAAAGCGAAAACGCUCUGUUGGCACCGAGGUCGGCACUCGGGCGCUUCGAGGCCUCGAGAAUACGCAUUUGGCAAUCGAUCGAUGACAACUUUUCUCCUCGUUGAGUGGCCGUUAGCGCGCUUUUCAUUACUUUAUCCGCAUUGGCUAUAGGCCCUUUCAUGGGAAAAAAUGGCGUACGAUCCCAUGCGACAGAAGUGCAAUAUCAGAACUUCAGACAACGAAAGCUUAUGAUGAAAAUGCUAAAACUUGCGUUGUAACUAAAGGCCAUUGUAGCGCAAGCCUUCUUCGUAUAAAAUAAUUCUGUUGUAUUUAUUAUUCUUAUUCCGACACCAUUGCA